GCGUAUAUGUAGGGUCUUUGCUUUAAUCUAGGGGAACCUUACUCAUGAGUUUAGGUAGAUGCCCUGUCUGUCUCGAAUUUCAGUGUAUUGAUUAGUCAAUUGAAAACAAUAACUGGGUUUCUGGGAUGUCAUCAAAGAUUAUUCCUGUGUAGUGACAAACCAUGUGUAUGAAGCAGUGGAGACUCCUCAGAUGAGGAAGGGGCGGUCAAUUCUUGGUGAAUUUCAUAAAAAUAGUGAAUAUUACAGCUAUAAUUCUUUCGGGAUAACUAUAUAUUCAUCACCAAAUAAUUGAUUAAAACAGUUUUGCAAUGAAGGUCUACAGUAGCCUCAACAGCACUCUGUAGGGUAGCACCACGGUGUAGCUGGAGAGGACAGCUAGUUUCCAUCCUCUGGGUACAUUGACUUCAAUACAAACCUAGUAAGUGCUUGGUUCUCACCUCCUUCCAUAGACUUACACAAUUAACAACUUCCGGAGGUUGGAGGACAUCCUAUCAGUGCUUUUGCAGCUUUGGCUGGACAAAAUGUCAGUUAAUCAGGAUCAGAUAAUGAAUCUAGUACUAAAAGCACAAGCUACAUUUGGCAGUGCGUAUGUGGUGAGUAGUUGUCUGAGACAAUAGUUGAACAGUUUUGAAAGAAUACAUUUCAAAAAUGGAAGAGAGCUAGCUAGUUUAGCCUACUCGAACACCUGACUCAGAUGGCUCCUGUGUUAGCUAGCUGGCUAUGUUAUCCAACACUGGCAUUUUUCCAAGAGGAGGAACGGUACGCGUUUGUCAACUGGAUCAACACAGCGCUGGAGAAUGACCCUGACUGCAAGCACGCCCUGCCCAUGGACCCCAACUCAGACUCCCUCUUCAAGGCCCUGGGCGACGGCAUCGUUCUCUGUAAAAUGAUCAACUUGUCGGUGCCAGACACGAUUGAUGAGAGGACCAUAAACAAGACAAAACUGACACCGUUCACAAUACAGGAGAAUCUGAACCUUGCUCUGAACUCUGCCUCUGCCAUUGGCUGCCACGUGGUGAACAUCGGGGCUCUGGACCUUAGGGAGGGGAAGCCCCACCUGGUGCUGGGCCUGCUGUGGCAAAUCAUCAAGAUCGGCCUGUUCGCUGACAUCGAGCUCAGCAGGAAUGAAGCCCUGGCUGCUCUGCUGAGGGAUGGAGAGACCCUGGAGGACUUGAUGAAGCUGUCUCCAGAGGAGCUGCUGCUGCGCUGGGCUAACUUCCACCUGGAGAACGCUGGCUGGGAGAAAAUCAGUAACUUCAGCUUGGACAUCAAGGACUCCAGAGCCUAUUUCCACCUCCUCAUCCAAAUCUCCCCCAAAUGCACAGACGAAGAUCAGCCACACACAGAAAUCAGCAUGGCAGGCUUCAGUGAGAAGGAUGACAUGAAGAGGGCAGAGAACAUGCUUCAGCAGGCUGACAGGCUGGACUGUCGCCAGUUUGUCACCCCAGCUGACGUAGUCUCUGGCAACCCCAAACUCAACUUGGCCUUUGUGGCCAAUCUCUUCAACAAGUACCCAGCUCUCACCAAGCCUGAGGGAGAGGGCAUUGACUGGGGCCUGCUGGAAGGUGAGACACGAGAAGAGGGAACAUUCCGGAACUGGAUGAAUUCCCUGGGUGUGAACCCACAUGUCAAUCAUCUCUAUGGAGACCUAGCAGAUGCCUUGGUCAUCCUUCAGCUUUAUGAAAAGAUAAAAGUACCUGUCGACUGGACCAACAAAGUCAACAAGCCACCAUAUCCCAAGAUUGGGACAAACAUGAAAAAGUUGGAGAACUGCAACUAUGCAGUGGAUCUAGGGAAGAGGACGGCCAAGUUUUCUCUGGUUGGCAUCGGUGGGCAGGACCUGAACGAUGGCAAUGCCACCCUGACGCUGGCUCUGCUGUGGCAGCUCAUGAGGAGAUAUACUCUGAAUGUACUAGAGGACUUGGGAGAUGGCCAGAUGGCUAAUGAUGACAUCAUUGUCAAAUGGGUCAAUACAACCUUGUCGGAGGCGGGAAAAACAACCAAGAUCUCAAGCUUCAAGGACAAGGAGAUCAGCACCAGUUUACCAGUGGUGGACCUGAUUGAUGCCAUCCAACCUGGCAGCAUCAGCUAUGACCUGGUCAAGACUGGCAGCCUAGCAGCUGAGGACAAGCUGGAGAAUGCCAAAUAUGCCAUUUCCAUGGCGAGGAAGAUCGGAGUGUGUGUCUACGCUCUCCCAGACGACCUGGUGGAGGUCAAGCCCAAAAUGGUAAUGACGGUGUUCGCAUGCUUGAUGGGCCGGGCGAUGAAGUGGCCUUAACCAAGAUGCUGUGCCACUUUGGCAUCGACAAACUACCCACAAGCCAUUUGCUUGAUGAAGGGCGACCUGGGAAUUUAAAGAUGUGGCAGAAAAUGUUACUAAAAGUGCCAGUGUUAUUUCAACCUCCGUUUUGAACAACAAUAUGUUUGCACAAUAUUUUGUUGUAUUCUUAUUUAAGUUAAGCCCAUAACAACAUGUUUCUGAAGAAGUCUAGGCCUGUUAGAGGACAACUUGGUAUGUUACUUCUCAAUAUGCAACACUCCAUGUUUCAGAAUGCUGUAUGGUAUAUGCAUUUUUACUGCUACAACUAUAUGCUUGAUGUUUACACUACAUAUUCAUAACAUCCCUUACAAUGACAAUCUUUAACUUGGUUAAACUGAAAUUGUGGAGGAUUAACUUUCCCCUCUGCCCUAUUGAAAUGCAUGCAUAUAUUAAUAGCUGGUCUUGACAACAGCUGCAUAUCUCUAUACAGAAGCCAUAAGGUCAAGCCUGAAGGGUAUUCUGUUUAUUACUUUUUGUUUUUUUCAAUUGUGCUAGCUAGUAAGCUGAGAGCAGCUGGGUGUCUUGUCUGGCAUUUUUGUAUUGGACUGAAGAUGUCUUACUCUGGAAGAAAGAGGGAGGUUACUGACAGUUCAGUUUCAUUGGUUGUGCCUUUUCAUUUUGUCUUGAUGCUAUAUUCUGUUGCACAUUAAGGUUUCCACUUAAUCUUUUGAAUUCAACAUUACCAAAAAUAUAGCCGACACAUUUCUGCAUUCCAUAUAGCGGCGUUACCAUACCAAUGCGUUUUGUCUUGUGUGUAAAUGUUUACUCUGCAGUGCUAUACAUGGAGAAAACAAAUAAAACAAACGAUGCAUAAAAAUCUG